CUCAAGUUGGUGUUGUCUGUAAUGGCCACCCUGCAGAAAUCUGCAAGCUUUUCCCUUAUGGGGACUCUGGCUGCCAGCUGCCUCCUUCUCAUUGCCCUGUCGGUGCAGGGAGGAGCAGCCGUGCCCAUCAGGUCUCACUGCAGGCUUGAUAAGUCCAACUUCCAGCGGCCCUACAUCACCAACCACACCUUCAUGCUGGCUAACGAGGCUAGUUUGGCAGAUAACAACACAGAUGUUCGUCUCAUUGGAGAGAAACUGUUCCGCGGAGUCAAUAUGAGUGAGCGCUGCUAUCUGAUGAAGCAGGUGCUGAACUUUACUGUUGAAGAAGUGCUGCUCCCCCAGUCUGAUAGAUUCCAGCCUUACAUGCACGAGGUGGUGUCCUUCCUGGCCAGACUCAGCAAUGAGCUAAGCCAGUGUCGCAUUGAGCGUGAUGACCAGCAUAUCCGCAGAAAUGUGCAACAGCUGAAGGACACGGUGAAAAAGCUUGGAGAGAGUGGCAAGAUUAAAGCAAUUGGAGAACUAAAUUUGCUGUUUAUGUUCCUGAAAAAUGCCUGCAUUUGACCACAGCAAAGCUGGAAAAGUGGAUAAUAACCCUUCUUGCUGUUGGAAAUAACAAUAAGAGGCCCAGACUUUUUUUCCAAAAGGAAAAUGGGAAAACAAACUCCAAGAUUAUGGGUAGAUUCUAAAUAAAUAAGCCCCUGCUUAGCUUAAAAAAGAGAACAAUGUCACUUGUGUCCAUAAAACUAGAAGGUAGCCCUUGUAAGCAUGAGAUUUAUUGCUAAUGGUUUAUUGUAGUGGGCCUUUUAUACACAGAAAUUUAUUUUUAAGCAAUUGUCUAUUCUUACAAA